AUUUUAUUUCUUUGAAGUCUGGCUGAAGUUACACACUAGGGACUCUAAGGAGUAUUUUUGGUUUGGGAAUGUAAAUGAAAUAGUGGAUGCUCUAUAUCUGUCCUUUGAAAAGUUCAUCCACUAUAUCUGACUCACCAUGCGGUGGGGCGGCAGCCUGUAAAACCAUCAGCAAGAUAAAGUUCUUGUCAACUUAAAUCAGGAAUUGUGUUUGACUUGCAGACAGCUGGGCUAAUGUAUUUUUCUCCCCUCAGCUCGUGUGAAGCUGUGUAAACUUAGAGCGCCACAAGACUGGAAAGAGAGGGAGGAGAGGAAAACGAGGGGAAAGACUUGGGUGUGUUGUGUGUGUGUGUGUGUGUGUGUGUGUGUGUGUGUCUGGAAGUGGAAAUGGGCAGCAGGGAGGAGGAAUGUGAAACAUUUCUGAUGCCGGUCCAGUGGCUGUUUACACGGUAGUCAGACUGUGACAUCAGAGUCCAGACUUUAUAAAUGUCAGCAGGCGCAAGAAUGAGCCGUUAGAGAACUGCGUCACACAGGUCAGUGAGACAGACGGAGCUCCACCAGCAACGAACACAAGCCCCCAUGGACCGACCGCUGGGUGACUGUGUGAUGGCUCUGGCUGGACUGCUGUGUGUCACUACACAGGUGUUGUGCCAGCUGUGUGACAGGCCCUGCCUUUGCCCCACUUCUGUGCCCCAGUGUCCCUCGGGAGUCCCGCUGGUGCUGGAUGGCUGCCGCUGCUGCCAGGUGUGCGCCCGCCAGCGGGCCGAGCCCUGCACCGAGACGUUUCCCUGCGACGGACAGAGAGGACUGCAGUGCGACUACAGCGCCAGCUACCCCGGAGACCCCGGGGAGUGUGUCAGUCAGGGGGAUCUGCGCUGCGAAGUCAACGGCAUCACUUACCUGGACGGCCAGUCCUUUCAGCCCUCCUGUGACACUCACUGCCACUGCAGAGGCGGAGGGGUGAGCUGUGUGCCGGCCUGUCCUCUAAAUGUCCGCCUUCCCACUCCGGACUGUCCCAACCCACAACAUAUCCGGCUACCGGGGAAAUGCUGCAAGGAAUGGGUGUGUGAAAACCUGGAGAACACAGUCAUUCAGGACGCCAUCACAGUCAUGAGACGUGGCAGGUUGCGGCCAGCUCUCCCGAUGGAUCACCCUUUAAACAGACUGGUCCCACCUGCCUCCACCUGUACAGCACAGAGCACCCAGUGGAGCGCCUGUUCCCAGAGCUGCGGGGCUGGGGUCUCCACGCGGGUUUCUAACCACAACCCAGCCUGCAAGCUGCAAAUGGAAACUCGACUUUGUAAAGUGCGGCCUUGCCACGCGGUUCGGCCCGUCCCAAGGAAACCCAUGUGGGGACAGCAGGGGCGGUGCAGGGCUAGCUACACGUCGCCAGGGCCCAUCCGGCUGGUUCACCAGGGCUGUUACAGCACCCGGGUCUACCUGCUGCGGUACUGCGGACAGUGCACUGACUCCCGCUGCUGCACGCCUCAUCAGAGCACCACGGCGGAGGUGACCUUCCGCUGCCCCACAGGCAGACUGCUGCAGCGGGCUGUGAUGAUGAUCCACUCGUGUGUUUGUCACAACAACUGCCCCUACUCACCUUACAGUAACCCGGCUCUGUGGGGAUACAGGCCCUGAUGACCCCGAACAGUAAGACUUCACUGAUUCGCAUCGCACAGGCUCCCUCGGAUCAAUGUGCCUCGGGAGACAAAACGAUAAAUGUCGAUAAAAACUGUGACUGAUUUGGGAUGAACGUUGAUCUUCACACAUGUACAAUCUCAAACUGCACUUAUUCAAAACUCCUUUAUACUCCCACACA